UCUCUAAUGGGAAUUAGUAUUCGGGAUCAAUUAUUUUGUUUAAAGUCAGGGGGUGAGAAUUGGACUACCUUGAAAGAUCCCAGUAAGGUUGUCGAUAUUAUUGUGUAUAAGGGGAACUUUUAUGCUGUUGAUAUUUAUGGAGGGACCAUAAAGUAUGAUCCCUCAUCGUUUAACGAGACCAACGUAUCUUCCAGCAUAAAGAUGUUAUCUUCGAGCUUAUUUAAGAGGUGGGGUAGUAAGAAACGACUGGUGGAAUCAGGUGGGAAGUUGUUUCUAGUUGAUAUGUUUUUAGAUACUGAUGUUAAGACGGAAUUGCAUGGUUCUCAACCUUCAUGGAAAUGUCCCAAGGAAAUUAAGCUUUACCGGCUUGAUGAAGAACAACAUGAGUGGAUUGCAGUGCAUACAUUGGGUGAUCAAAUUUUCUAUGCUGGUGAUGCCUGUUGUUUCUCUGUUUCUUCAUUAAACUUUGGUGAUCAAUGCAGAGGAAACUGCAUUUACUAUGAGAAUGGAGGUAUAAUUGUGGACAUCUUGGGAGAGUUACCGCCAAAGUACUACGAUGACGACUUUGAAGAUGAUUGUGUAUGUGGUGGUAGUUUUAGUUAUCCAUUUCCUGUUGAUGGUGGUGUAAAUUUUAGCAGUGAUGAUGAUGACGACGACGAUGAUGAUCCAAUAACUUGCAAACUACUCAAGAGAUAUAAAUCUCAUUAG